CAAAGUCUAUCUAUCAUCAUGCAGAAGAACUUAAUUGUGUAUGCAGCUGUGCUGCUUGUGCUCUACCUCACUCUGGUAUUCUGCGAGGAAACGGAGGAAAGUGCUAGUGCUGACCCUGCCUUGCCGGCUGCCUUGGAUAACGAAACGGAGAGCUGGGAGAGCCUGGGCCGGGAACUGAUGGCAUUCGAGGGACGCACCCGUCGGCAUCGUCUGCACUCGUUUUAUCGCCAUAUCUGGCCCAUUGCCAUUGCCUACUUUAUCAAGGUGAAAGUGGUGAUCGUUUCGUUCUUCGUUGGAGGCGCCAUUUACUUGGGUCUGCGCUACUUCUUGCCCCAUAGUCCCAAUAGAUGCAACCAGGAGAUCAUCCUGGAUCAUCCUCCUCCAUCGUUCAGUCAUCACGAUCAUAUUCCCUACUCCCUCGAUCACGAUCAUUCAGAGCAUUCAUACGAUUCGCCGACAUCCUAUGACUCCAGCUCUGGACCCAGCUUUGAGCCCUACUCCGGUUACAGCAGCUACGCCGGCUCGGACAUAGUCUCUGAUGUCCAUAGCGACUAUCAUAACGAAUCUCCAACGGCUCCUGCCGAUGUGCGUCGUCGUGGUAGGCGCAGUGCUGAUGGGCAGCCAGAGAUCGAGAUCGAGGAUGAUGAGCAGGAGCAGGAUCAGGAUCAGGUCGAGAUUGUGGACGAGGAGAUAUCCGAGAGUGUGGCCCGUCAAAUGGCCACUGAAGAGCAAAUUGCGGACUUUAUGUUUGCCUUCUUGGGCCUCGACUCCAAGGCCUGCCGCCGUCGCUUCGUCUGCGAAAUGGAGUUCCGCUCCAAGCUGAACCCCUUGACCAGCAUGGCCUUCCGCAUUGUGGGACGCGGCUUCUUCGAGAAGUAUACCAACUCGCGCAAUCCCCAGGCCAGGGCCAAUAGCUUCGGCGAAUGCGCGGCCGUGAAUCCAGAGUGCAUAUUCGUCGAGACUGGCGAGACUACAGAGGCCGAGGGCCAGCAGGAAGAGAGCCAGCAGGAAGAGGAGCAGACGGCCACCGAGGAGGUGGAGGCCAGCAGCUUGGACUCUCAGAACGAGAUCAAUCUGCAGGCUGAGCGGCGUAAUGCCAAGCUGCGCAACCGCCGCGGCGAUCGCAUGCUGAGCCCCAUUGCCGAGCACAUUCUGAUGCAGUAG